AAAAAGAAAAAAAAAAAAAACCCCCCAUGUAUUCCCUCCGGUUUACUACACCCUCCUUUGCCACCACAACGCGCACUGGGAGAAGAGCAGCUCACCACCAGCACCUGCAAGUCAAAGCCAUGAGAGCCGUAGUUCAAAGAGUUUCCUCUGCCAGCGUCGAGGUGGACGGCCGUAUUGUAUCGGAGAUCGGACCGGGCCUUCUCGUCCUCGUCGGCCUCCAUGAGUCCGAUACCGACUCCGAUGCCGAUUACAUAUGUCGUAAGGUUCUUAACAUGAGGUUAUUCCCCAAUGAAAGGACGGGUAAAGGAUGGGACCAGAACGUUGUGCAGAGAAAUUAUGGAGUUCUACUAGUGAGUCAGUUUACAUUGUAUGGAUUCUUGAAGGGUAACAAGCCUGAUUUUCAUGUGGCGAUGGCGCCCCAGAAGGCAAAGACAUUUUACGCCUCUUUAGUUGAAAAGUUCCAGAGAUCGUACAGCUCAGAAGCUGUGAAAGAUGGUGUAUUUGGAGCAAUGAUGAAGGUCAAUCUGGUUAACGAUGGGCCAGUCACAAUGCAGCUUGACUCAUCCCAAACAUCAAACUAAAGCUGUUUGGCUUAAUGUAGACACGACCUCAAAUUGAGAAACUUGGGGAUUGUGUUUGGAUAUAAGUGAUUAUUGCCAAUGAAAAAAACAGGUAGUUAAGUAAACCUAUUAAGAGAAGUAUUCACUUAAAUUACUCGACAGAGCUAAGGUAGAGGUGUCUUUUUUGGUUUGAAAUACUAAACCUGCCCUUGUAUUUUUUAAAGUUGGUCGAAUUGGCCCAUAGACAAUUCUGUGUUCAAUUGGAUCUGAAAUCAGCCUUUUGUUGAUGAAAGAGUGGAUAGCCUUAUUCAUUACUAA